AUGUUACGCAGAGCGGUGGUGUCCUCCGCGAAGACGAAGACGAAGCGAGAAGAGCUGUUGUUCUGGACUGGUGUCGUCGAAAAGGCUUUGUUUUCUUCUUCGACUGCAGAUGAUGACGAGAGGAAGACGGGAGGACGAAAGACGAAGAAGAAAUCACCGAAGAUACCAACGCCGUCACCUCUACCUCCUCCUCCGACGACGGCAACAUCAUCGUCAUCGAAAAUCGUCCCUUCAGAGAACCAUAUUGAAGGAACUCGGCACAUUUUUCCUGUUUCAGACUUUCUCAAAGAGAACAAGGAAAUCCUCUCCAUCUGCGGCCUUUCGUUCGCGUGCGCGAUGGGACACGGUAUCUUAGCGCCUACCAUUCCGUCGUUUGCGAGUACCGAGUUACAUCUGUCGGGUGCGCAGAUUGGUUCUAUUCUCAGCGCGUUCGCGGCGGCGAGAUUGUGCGUGAACACGCCGGCUGGGUAUUUUGCGGAUAAGUUUGGAAGGAAGAAAUUGUUGUGGUUCGGUCCGAUGGUUACGACGAUGGCGAAUAUGAGCACUUUUACGAGCGGAUCUUAUUACGAGUUGUUGGGAGCGCGCUUUUUAGCGGGAGUUGGAUCUUCAAUGUAUACGACUGGAGCGUCGGUAAGUUUGAGCGAUAUCGCGAAAACAGAAAACAAAGGGAUGAUGAAUGGAGGAAACGCAAUGAACAUGCAUCAAGGCGCUGCUUUGGCUGGAGCGGCCAUAGGCCCGGGGUUGAUUUCCGCGAUGUACGCGUUAGGUGGCGAGGAUAUUCGAACGCCUUUUUUAUUCGCGACGGCGUUGAGUGGAAGUUUGAGCGCGGUGGCGUUGUACGCGGCGCCAGAGACGAAGCAUUUAUCGUCUUCGUCGUCGUCGUCGACGACGACGUCUUCCACUAAUGAAGGCGGUGAUGAAACGACAACAUCGACGACGCCAACAUCCGAGAAAAAAACACAGCUCUUACAACCCGGCGGUUCGAUGACGAUGGACGCGUCUCUGACGCUUAACAAAGACGCCAUAGAGAAGCAAAAGUCACCGUCGGCUUCGGCAGAUAGUAGGCAGUUGGGUAUGCUCGUCAAACGUUCCGAUUUCUGGUCGGUGUGUUUCUUGAACUCUGCUUUAUUUUUCGCCGGCGCCGGCGGAAGAGGCGCCGUUUUACCUAUAUUAGCCAUUUCGCACGGCAUGGACGCGCAAAAUCUAGGCAUGCUCUUCUCAGCUAUGGCCACGACGAGUUUGAUUGGAUUAGUCCCUUCCUCGAAACUCAUCACUACGUUUGGUGCUCGAAACGUCAUCGCGCCGACGACGGUUCUCUCUUCGCUCGCCGUCAUGGCCAUCGCGGGAAGCUCCACCGACGCUGGUUUCGCCGCAGCGUGCGUCUCGUGGGCCGCUGCUUCGAGCAUCAUGGGUGCUGCUCCGAUGACAUUUGUCGCCGAAAUAGCCCCAAGAAAAGCUAGCGGAGCCGCUUUGAGCAUAUACCGCAACUCAGGCGAUGUCGGACUGUUACUCGGCCCCGUUUUAAGCGGCUUAGCGGUAGAUUUUUUCGGAAGCGAAGUCGCUUUGGCCAUGAACGCGAGCGUCCUAGUCUCCGCGGCGUUGGCGUUCCACGUGAGUAAAACAAGUCGAGAGAAGAUGAAGAAGAAGGAAAUGCUCCAACAAGAACGGCACAGAAGUAGUAAGUAG